AAAAACCAACUAAUAAUGUUUUACUUUUCAGAUCCUUCGGAUUCGCCAAAGCUCCGUCCGUACCCCAACUGGGAGGCGCACAAACUUUCACAAACCGAAGGCAGCGAUCCGCCCGAGAUUGUUUCGCCGUUUCGCAUCAGGGCGGAUCAGUGCGGGAGACUUUGGGUGUUGGAUACCGGAGUCGUCGACGCCUUGGGCGAUAUACGCUUCUACGCUGCCCAGUUACUCAUCUACGACCUGCACAAUGACGCCCUGCUGAGGCGCUACAUGAUACCAAAGGACCAGUACACCACCGACAGUCUUUUGGGGAACAUCGCCGUCGAGGACGAAAACUGCCAGGAUGCGUACGCGUACCUGGCCGAUUUGGGCGACGCCGGUUUGAUCGUGUACUCGUGGGCGAAUCAAACGUCGUGGCUAGUGAAGCACCACUACUUUAACAUGGACCCGAUGGCCGGCAAUUUCAACGUCGCUGGUUUGCAGUUCAGCUGGAGCGAUGGGAUUCUGGGCGUCGCGCUGUCUGCGCCCGACGCCGAGGGUUACAGUACGCUUUACUUCCAUUGCCUCACGGGCGUGCACCAGUUUUCGAUCAACACAAAAUUUUUGCGCAACCCCACUCUGGCCCAGAACAGCUUUAAGGAGUUCAAAGUGUUGGGUAGCCGAGGGCCCAGGGGUCAAAGCAACGUUUCAUUCCUCGACAAGAAAACGGGCGUCCUGUUUUACGCUUUGGUCAGCUUGAACGCCAUCGCCUGCUGGAAAACAACCAACCCCUCGUACACCAUGGAAUCACAAGGGCGAGUCUACAUGAGCAACGUCACCAUGGUCUUCCCGAACGACAUCAAGGUAGACGCCAACAACAACCUUUGGGUUCUCUCCGAUCGCUUGCCAAUUUUCAUGUACUCCAGACUGAACCAAAGCGAUGUCAAUUUCAGAAUACUCACCUCGCCGGUUGCGGAUGCCAUUCGCAACACGUCAUGCGACUCAAAAUUAGUAAUCUCCCCGGAACUGACCAACAGGAUUAAGCUCAACAUGCAGACCUCAACGACGGAAGCUCCGACAACGAAAGGAAACAGUUCCGAAAGUGUAACACUAACGCUUGCCCUUCUUUUGGCGGCUUUCUUCUCCGUAAGACUUAUUUAAUUGCAGUAUUGUCGUUAUACGAUUUAAUUUAAUGCGGCAUGUUAUUAUUAAUACUCCUAGUGCCAUUGAAUUCGCCGACGACAUUGACCAGAUUUGAUACGUCACAAUUUCGUCAACUUAGUGAAUGUAGUCGUCCCUAUCCUUAAUGGUAACAAGGUCUCGCGCCAUAUUAUCAAUCUAGUAUUUGUUUAUGUUUAGUAAUAAUGAUAAUAAUUUAUAAUUACGUCUGUCUAGCGAAUAAAAAUGCCAAAAAACUUACUCACCUGUACAUAUUGUGUUACCAGAUAUUACUUAAUUUAAUUAUAGUGUAAGGAUAAUUAUUACUUUUAUCGUCUUGUUUGUAUAUUUUGUUUUAUGUCUUGUAAUAAAUUACUUACUUGAA